AUGGAAAUCCGUCCGGACGGCGCAAUCCUGAGAGUGGACCUUCACGAUGCAAGCACCAGUAAAAACGUGGCUCUGUCGCUAGACAAUGACAAUCCUCUCACUCGGCGCACGCGCUCCGGAAGCGCAAGCAGUGGACACAAACGCAAUACAUCCGGCUCCUUACUAUCGAGACUCUCCUUUCUUCGGAUGAUCCAGACGACCCAAAAUACCCCUGAGAGAGACCACUCAGGCCUCGACCCGCCCGAUGGCGACGAUUUAGGCACCAGCUUACGGGGCGGAAGGACGAUGUCCAGUGCAUUACAACAACGAAAGACACGAAGACGGAGAGGCUCACUGAGGAAGGCAGCCUUGUUGAGUACGCGACUUGACUUUCGCGACAAGAAAGCCAACAGGGCCCCGUCCGACGUCUUGCGUACAGAACCCUCCGAGCAGCUCCAACAUCUUCAUCACCUGCCUCCGCAACCGCUGCGACCGUUGGCUGGCCCAGUUUCGCCAGAUCGCGGCAUAGCACCUCAUGAGGACUCGUAUCGCGACACUCAGGGGGGAAAUACCAAAUGGGAAAUGUUGAAUGCACCACAGCGAUCGCUUGCCACCUCUGCCUCCGGUCCGCGCCAUCAGCAGAGCCAGUCAAAGGAUAGCUUACUUGGUGACGAAAUAACAACCGACGAUGAAGAAGUCGUGUCCUUCCCCCGUGUCAAAAAUACCAAUGCUGCUGUUGCUGCUGCUGCUGCUGCCGGCCUCCACCUUCCAACUGGGUCUUCAAGCUCGGAUUCAUAUUUUACAUUGCAGGCAGACCCGAAAUAUAGAGCCAUGCAUCGUGCUACAUCGCCCCUUGCGACGGCCGACAUGACGAGUAGUCAAGAGAUGGAUUGGGAUUAUUCCGAAACAGAGUGGUGGGGAUGGAUUAUCUUGAUCGUGACCUGGCUUGUUUUUGUCGUGGGGAUGGGCAGUUGCUUUGGUGUGUGGAGUUGGGCUUGGGAUGUAGGGGAAACUCCUUAUGCGCCUCCAGAACUGGAAAACGACAGUACCCUUCCUAUCAUAGGUUAUUACCCUGCUCUCAUUGUCUUGACGGCAGUGAUGUCCUGGGUAUGGGUGAUCAUUGCGUGGGUAGGGAUGAAAUAUUUCAAACAUGCCAACAUAUCAGGGGAAGCUGUAUGA